AUGAAAAUAUUUCACCUGAAAAAAAGUAAAAAUUUAAAGACGCUCGAGAAGUUAUUUCAGAUGAUGAAGGGUAAGUUGAACAAGAAGACCGUUAACAAGGUUAAAAAGAAAAUGUCUAUAGAAAAAAAAGAAUCAAAACGGAAAUACCCGGUAAAUAAAAGUUUUAAGGAGAAUAAAGACGCAUGA